AAUGUUAUACACGCGUGACCUGCAUCGGUCGAUCGGUCACCAAUUAUUCCAGUAUUGUGCUAUCAGUAGCGCUUGGCGAUCUUGUAUCGUGGGUGAUUGCUAAGAACUAUUCCUACUUCAAUACCCGCUAAUACACCAAAAAAUAAACCCGACUAAGUUUUCAAGCAAUCACUAUCUAAACCGAAAAGUUAAUUCCUCUAAAGUCCUUGGAGUUGACUGUACCAUUCCGUACAUACAUGCAUGCAUUUGUCACACAUACAUACUCCGUACAUAUUAAUGUAUAUGUAAACUAACAGCAACAGCAACUAUAAGUAAACUGCUAUAUAUGUAUUGUAUGUAAUGCAUGUGUAUACAUAUUAUUGUACAUAUUUUCAUGCAAACGAUAUUGCGGCAGUUUCAAAAUAAUAGUUAAAUAUAUGAUUCCACCUGUCUAAUGAACGUUCACGAAAAAUGUUGAGACAUUUAAGAAAUGUUGGUGCUGUUAAAAAAACCGUUUCCAAAUGUAUAAAUGAAUAUAGUCAAAAGACAUUCACAAAUGAUUAUCCAAAAAGGAUAUUUUCGGGGAUUCAACCAUCUGGAGGUCUACAUUUAGGGAACUACCUUGGAGCUGUACAAAAAUGGAUUGAACUACAAAACAAUGGAGAGAAUAUCGUGUGGAGCAUAGUAGAUUUGCAUUCUAUUACUCUACCACAUGAUCCUAAAGAGUUAAAUGACAAUAUAUUAAAAAUGACAGCAACAUUAUUAGCCUGUGGCAUUGAUCCAAAGAAAAGUAUACUAUUUCAACAAUCUACUAUUCCUCUUCAUACACAACUAUGCUGGGUUCUGGGGUGUAUAACAACUUUACCAAGAUUAAGUCGACUGCCUCAGUUUAGAGAAAAAAGUCAAGAAUUAAAAGUUAUCCCCUUGAGCUUGUACAUUUAUCCUGUUCUACAAGCUGCUGAUAUAUUAUUAUAUAAAGCAACACACAUUCCAGUUGGUCAAGAUCAAGUUCAACACAUUCAACUAGCGCAAGAAUUAGCUGUUAAAUUUAAUAAAAGAUAUGGAGACACUUUCCCUGUGCCUCAUUCUUUAGUCAAUGAAGAUGCUAGUCAACGAAUAAAGUCGCUUCGCGAUCCUACGAAGAAGAUGUCAAAGUCUUCCCAGGAUGAAAAGAGCAAGAUAGAAAUAUUAGACGAACCUGAUGUUAUACGGGAAAAAAUAAAAAAAGCAGUCACCGACUGUACGUCGAGAGUAACUUAUGAGCCGGAAACACGACCUGGCGUUUCAAAUUUAGUUAUUAUUCAUUCAAUGCUUACUGGAAAAUCACCAGAUGAAAUAUGCCCUGAAGUAGAAAGUUUAGAUACUGGAAAAUACAAAAUGGUAGUGGCUGAGAUAGUAAUAGAGAAAUUAACUCCACUGCGUGAAGAAUUUUUAAGAUUGAUUAGAGAACCAAUUUAUCUGCAAGAAGUUCUAAAGACUGGCACAGAUAAAGCUAUGGAAAUUGCUAGCGACUGUUGGUAUGAAGUUCAGAGUAAGAUUGGUUUCGAAGGCGACGUUUUCCGUCAAAAUGAAAAACAUGUACAAAAUAUUUCACGAAAACUAUAAUGCAAAAUAAAUAUUUGAAAAUAAAA